ACAAAUGCCUUGGCAGCGGGAAAGAGUGGAUGUGUUGCGCAUCUCCUCCUUUGACUUUUUUUUUUUCUUCUUUCGCCCAAGUGGCCAAGAUCGUCUUCUUACUGCCGCUGCUGGAGGAAGGAUUAUUACUGUGAUGAGAUUAUUGGGUGGAUCAGCUGUUUGGUGGUGGACGGAUGAGAUGCGCACUUGACCAGCAUCACUUCUCCACUCUCUCUCUUCCUUUCUUUUCUUUGCGUGCGUGCGUCCACUCUCUCAUUUGGAAGGACGCCAGCUUCAGCGGAACCUCGCAAGUUGGCGCCGAUAAAUUCUGACAUUGUCUGUCAAGCAUCAACUAAUCGAUUCUCAAAAGAGAGAGGAGGGGGGGAAAAAGAGAGAGGGGGAGACUCGGAAUUUUAACGAUCCCCCCUCUGCCUCCCCCCCCCUAAUGAAUAUGCAAUCGGGCACGUUUGGCUCGGCUCGGUCCAGCUUCACGCCUCGCUUUCUUUUUUUAAACAGCGGGAGCUGCAGCGGGGACUGAUUCUUGCUGAUUUCCUCUUUUUUUUUUGUCCAUGCAAGACCUGCAGUGGAAACAUGUCUGGCCACUUCCCUGAGAGGACCUCCGCUGUCAGAGAUGGCAUUCUGGUCCGGCACUGUCGCCUCUAAAGUGCCCCGGAAGAUCUUGUUCAUGUUCACCCUCUCCCUGUCCGUCACCUACCUGUUCUACAGCUUGAUGAGCUGCUACAACUCGCUACGGUUCCCGCUGCAAGACAACUUUGCCUACCAGGCUCGGUCGGCCGGCACCGAGGACACCACGCUAGUGAGGGAUCAACUUUACGCCACCUCGCCGGGCCUCGCCGAGGCUCGCUUCAGCACGGCGGUGUCCGUCGUGGACCGGGAGGCGGGCCAGGAGGAGGGCGGGGAUCAUGUCUGGACCGGGACCCAGCGGGCGUCCGCCACAGAGCCGACGCGCCUCCGGGCGGCCACGGAGGGCGAUCCGCGGCUUAACUGCACUUCGGAUUACGGCGAGAAGAAGCUGCCCCAAGCCAUCAUCAUUGGGGUGAAAAAAGGGGGCACCCGAGCCCUACUGGAGGCGCUCAGGGUGCACCCGGACGUGCGGGCAGUCGGGAACGAGCCGCACUUCUUUGACAGGAACUACGAGAAGGGUCUGGACUGGUAUAGAGACCUGAUGCCUUCAACGCUGGAGGGGCAGAUCACCAUGGAGAAGACCCCCAGUUACUUUGUGACCAACCAAGCCCCCAAGCGCAUCCACACCAUGGCCAGGGACAUCAAGCUCAUCAUCGUGGUGCGCAAUCCCGUCACCAGGGCCAUUUCGGACUACACGCAGACUCUGUCCAAGAAGGCCGAGAUCCCCACCUUCGAGGUUCUCGCUUUCAAAAACCGAACCCUGGGUCUGAUAGAUGCCUCGUGGAGCGCUUUGCGCAUUGGGAUAUAUGCACUGCACCUGGAAAGCUGGAUGCAGUACUUUCCUCUUUCCCAAAUGCACUUUGUCAGUGGCGAGAGGCUCAUUGUGGACCCCGCGGGCGAGAUGGCCAAAGUCCAGGACUUUUUGGGACUCAAGAGGAUCGUCACAGACAAACACUUUUACUUCAACAAGACGAAAGGCUUCCCUUGUCUGAAGAAGCCCGAGGACAGCAGCACUCCCCGCUGCCUGGGCAAGUCCAAAGGGAGAACUCACCCCAAAAUCGAGCCAGAUGUGAUUCGGCGACUGCACAAGUUCUAUAAGCCCUUUAAUAUGAUGUUCUACCAAAUGACAGGCCAGAAUUUUGAAUGGGAGAAACAAGAGGAAAGCAUAUCUCGAGGUUCUCUGGUCUAGCGGAACCCGUCGCCACCGCCAGCCUUCUACCAACUCGACGAAACAAAAACGCUCCUCAACUGCUCCGCGGUCGAAGGGCACGCUUGGACAUAAUCGCGGCACUUUCCAUUUGCUCCCCCUCUCAAAACUAAUGAUGAUGAUGAUGGAAGAUGACUACUGUACAUACCAAAACAUAAAAUAUAUUUAUAUUUGUGAA